CCACAAGAAAAGCAAUCACCAAAUUUUUUUUGUGUUUUUAACAUUUUACCAUACAGAAGGGGACAUGGUUGUAACCUUAUGGAUGUUACUUCCACCCACCAAGAAGAAAGAGAAGGAAGCCAACAGCAACAGCAUUACCAGCUCAAACUUUGUGUGCCACUUGUGAAGCUAAAAGGUGAACAUAAUCCCAACCUAUUAUCUUUAUUUAGUUUCUGGGUUUCCAAAUCUGUUAGGAGACUGUGCUAUAGAAGUCGGUUGGCAAAUGGGGUUUGUUUCAGGAGGUUGGAGUAUUCUGGGAUUGUAGUGAACAACUCUGUUUUUUGUGCUUCACCUGGGUUUUUUGAAGAAGAGAAAGUUGAAAUGGAGGAUUUGAUUGAGAAAAGUGAAGGCUUUGAGGAGAAAAAUGAAGGGUCUGGUGAGAAUGGAGGUCGAAUGGAGACAUUUGCUGCGUUGCUUGAAGAGAAGGGUCGUGAAAGCAGUUCAAGCUCGGAGUUCUUGACUUCUGAGGCAACUGGGCAUGAGGAGGAGCAGAGUCGUAGCAGCUCUGAGGUGUCCAAUUCACCACCUUCAGUGGCUUGGUCUGUCCGGGGGAAAGCUGAGGCACAAGAAUGUAGCAGUCCUAAUUGCAGUGGAAAUGGAAGCAAACCCCUUACAGAUGAUAGGAAAUUAGAGAAACAAAGCUCCACAAUUUCAGAGAUCGAAUUGAUGAAGGAAAGGUUUGCAAAAUUGCUGCUUGGAGAAGAUAUGUCAGGAUGUGGAAAUGGGGUUUGCACAGCCUUGGCCAUUUCAAAUGCUAUUACUAAUCUUUGUGCCACUUUAUUUGGGCAAGUUUGGAGGCUAGAACCUGUGCCUCCAGAGAAGAAAGCAAUGUGGCGAAGAGAGAUGGAAUGGCUUCUUUCUGUUAGUGAUCACAUUGUUGAGCUGAUACCCUCGUGGCAGACAUUUCCUGAUGGAAGCAAGCUAGAGGUCAUGACUUGCAGACCUCGAUCAGAUCUUUACAUCAAUCUCCCGGCAUUACGGAAAUUAGAUAACAUGCUUCUUGAGAUAUUAGAUAGUUUUGUUGAUGCAGAGUUCUGGUAUGUUGAUCAAGGCAUUCUAGCCCCAGAGACAGACGGAUCAUCCUCUUUCCGUAGAACCCUUCAGCGUCAGGAGGAAAAAUGGUGGCUUCCUGUGCCUAGAGUGCCUCCAGGAGGCCUCCAUGAAAAUUCAAGAAAGCAAUUGCAGCAUAAACGUGAUUGCACAAACCAAAUAUUAAAGGCAGCCAUGGCUAUUAACAGCAUUACUCUGGCUGAUAUGGAAGUCCCUGACUCAUAUUUGGAAUCUCUUCCAAAGAAUGCAAGAGCAAGCUUAGGAGAUUUUAUUUAUCGGUACAUUUCAUCAGACCAGUUUUCACCAGAGUGUCUUCUUGAUUGCCUUGAUUUGACCUCUGAGCACCAAGCUAUAGAGAUUGCCAACCGAGUGGAGGCCUCAAUUUAUGUGUGGCAUAAAAGGACCAACUCUAAGCCUAUUAACACAAACAGGACUAGUUCAAAGUCAUCAUGGGACCUGGUGAAAGAGCUCAUGGUUGAUGCAGAAAAGAGAGAAUUGCUUGCAGAUCGAGCGGAAAGUCUCUUGUUUUCCUUGAAGCAGCGAUUCCCUGGUCUCUCUCAGACUGCACUUGAUAUGAGCAAAAUCCAGUACAACAAGGAUGUUGGGAAAUCCAUUUUGGAAAGCUACUCAAGAGUUUUGGAGAGCCUGGCAUUUAACCUUGUGGCACGUAUAGAUGAUCUACUAUAUGUGGACGACCUUACCAAGCAUUCAGAUCCAUUCUCAUCUUUGUCCAGAGUUGGGACACUUGCUCGGAAAAGUGUUUCAAUUCCAUACUCAGUGGCUGUCCCAAGCACCCCUUAUAAAACUGCUUUUGCCACCCCAAGCUUUUCACCUGCACAUCUAGUUAGCCCUGCAAAGGGUGAAAGAUCGCCUUUCAUUGCUAGUGGCAAAAUUCCUAACCGUGGCAUAGGUGCAAAAAAGAUCUUGACAGAUUAUCUUAGUAUUGAUGUUAAAGGGAAAGGCUACGGUAAUUCAAAUGAGGGAACAGAUUCAGUCUCCAGCAUAACUGAAGAUGCAUCACCAUCUCCUGAAUAUGUAAAAGAAGUGGCAAGCCCACCAAAACAAGAAAUGCUGGCGGAGAAUGGGCCAUGAGUUUUGACCCCACGAACCAGUUCUCUGAGAUGUUAGUGCUUAAUAUCUAAAUAUAAGAAACAAGAAGAUGUUCAUUUUGAUAUUCUAAACAUAAUCCUAGAAAAAUGUCUGUAAUGAUAAUGACUUGAGUUUCAUGCUUCCAUUGAUGACACUUAUCGUAUCAAAUGUGUUCCUGGCAGGAUGUAUUGUGAAUAAAACUUAGGAAUAUGAUUGACAUUCUGAAUAGAGUUUUUUUGUCUAC